GUCUAACUCCUACCGCCCCUGUAGCCCUCUUAGUAUCUGCAAACAAAUCACACCUGGCAAACAGCAUCCCCAUUAAUAUGCCAUCUGCUCUCUAUGCCAUCAAACAGUUUGUUUCAAUAUUUUUACCUGAAUUCAACGGCGCUUCCUUCGAAUCUACGAAGCUCCGCUGGUAUACAGACUCGCUGGACAAUUCCUUUUUGAUCGACUACGUUCCAACCUAUGCUGAAAACUCCAUCUUCGUUUGCAAGAGACUCACAUCAUGGCAAAGAUAUAUCCCUGCCCCUUUCCAAGUAGCAACAUUUGAGCAACCGCUCUUAUAAUCAUAGAGAAAAGAAUUUUUUCAAGGUAGUUGAUUGGAUGGGGGAUUUCAGAUUUUCGGAUGUUGUUUUCACUUGACAGACAUUUAAUAUUUGUCUUUUCUCGUGCCUUGAUAUUAGCCAAAUAGUUUAUUCCUGAACCUGGGGAACAUUCACCGUCGUAAGGGCACCUAGCCUUAUAAUAUCUGGUACCGACCUCCAUUAUAUAGAUAUUGGGAAUAAUAAAAAAAAAGAAAAGCACAUUCUUGCG